AUGCUUUUUGAUCAACAUAUGCUAUUUACUUGUUUCUUUUUCCCAAUCACACCCACCAUCAUUUUCCAUCAUCACCAUCUCAAUUUACACCUCACCAUCAAUACCCUCUCCCGUCCGCUCAGGCAAGUCCAUCAAUCUCACAAGCCCAACCCCCAACCCCAUGAUCAGACUCAACACUCCCCCUCCCAACCCAACCCACCACGCCUGGCCGUGUUCAUACCCAGGAACCUGGAACAUCUCUUCAUACUCCUUCAGCUCAGAAACCAUCGCCACCGCUCCAAGUUCCAUCGUCCCGGCAAUCAUCAUCAAAACAGCCAUGAUUCUCGUGCCGUGCUUUCUGGGCAUGCGGUAGGAGUGGGGCUCGUGGGCGUUGCCGAGGAGGAGGAGAGCUGCGACGACGAGGGAGACGAGGCUGAGGCCUACGGAUAUGUUGACCAGGAAGCCGGCAGAGCGCCAUUUGGUGCAGAAUGGUGGGGUGGGAGGCUUGCCACGGGGGUGGAGAGGGAUAUGGGAUACGGGGGUGGUGAGGGAGGAGCAGAACCGGGUAGAGGGGAAGGGGACGCAGGCAGAAAGGGAGCAGCGGGUGAAGAGGCCGAUGUGGUCGUAGACUCUGGGGUGGGAGAGUUGGUAGACUAUCCAGGUUGGGGAGGUGAGGGAGAUGAGGGCUGA